AUGGAUGGGGAAGAAGUUUGGGAUGGAGAAAAAGUUAAAGAGGGUGAAAUGAUUAUGGAUGUAGAAGAAGUUAGGGAAGAGAAGAAAUUAGAGAUGACAAAGAAAGUAAGGAAUGGGAAGAAGUUAUGGAUGGAGAAGAAGUUAGGGAAGAAGAAGAAAUUAAGGAAGGAGAAGAAGUUAGGGAAACUGAAGAAGAAGUUAAAAGAAGGAGAACAAAUUAAGGAUGGAGAAGAAGUUUGGGAUGGAGGAGAAGAGGAAGAACUUAAGGAAAUUAUAGUUAAGGAUGGAGAAGAAAUUUGGGAUGUAGAUAAAGUUAAGGAAGCAGAAGUAUUUAAAGAUGGAGAAGAAGUUAGGGAAGGAGAAAAAGUUAAAAAUGAUGAAAAAGUUAGGGAAGGAGAAGAAGUUAAGAAUGGAAAAAUAGUUUGGGAUGGGGAAGAAGUGAGGGAAGGAGAAGAAGUUAAGGAAGAAGAUGAAGUUUGGAUGGAGAAGAAGUUAAGGGUAAAGAAGAAACUAGGGAUGGAGAAGAAGUUUGGGAUGGAGAAAUGA